AUGAUUGAGAUGAUGGGUGGCAAGAAGACUUUUGCAGUUAUACGUGCCGUCUACGAGCACCGUUAUUCACCAGAGGACUUUGUUCGUGAGUUAGAUUUCGUCUUGGAAAAAAAUGUGAAUGUCGUGAUCAUUGAACCUGAUGACUUGGGUGAGGUCACGUGGCGUUGGAUCCACACCGGAAAUUGGCUUCACAAAACCGCUGUAAUCUCUGGCUUGGCGGCUAUUGCAGGCACCCUGUUGGCUUUUUUAUACGAAAAUCGUGCCGAGAGCAUCGUGAAGGCGUCGCUAAUAUCAGUACCAUGCGGUAUCUCCAGAAGUUUGCUUCCGAGCGUUUUUUUCGGCUUGGUUUCGGCCACGUCGUCGAGUCUCUAUGCGCUCUUUUGGCAGUGGGAUCCUUGUGCUAAGUACCAGGUGGCGCAGUCACUUUCUGUCCUCCCCGCCUGUGUUGUUGCUGCUGCCUCGGGCUCCUCCAGUGUGCACCCCUCCCCCGCCUCCUCGACUGAAAGCUCGCUCAACCCUCACGAUGAACGACAGCGAGGUCGCUGCCACAAUUGCUCCUACGAUUGUGCCGUUGCCGAAGCUGGUGAGCUCGGACAGCGCCCUGUGGUGCUUAUCCGACGGGACGAUUUCUACCGCAAAGUCUUGCACAACACUGUCUCCGUAGGUGCUGUGCUCUGCGUUGGUCUCGCUGUCUAUCGGUGGCGGCGUCUACUUAGGCCCGCCGAGUAUUCGCGUGGUUUAACGCUGUGGAUUCGGACGGUCUAUCCGACGUCUUCUGAGUACAAAUAA